UCUGUGGAGUACUGGGAGGACAGAGACUCGACAGAGUUGUGGAAUUUAGCAGCAGCUUCCAGGGAGUUUGAGGAAAAUGUCCAACGAAGGUGACCCAGAGGAACAAGCGUCCACCACGACGCUGAGCACAGUGGCCAUCCAAUCAGGAGACACACAGAUUAUUGUAGCUGUCCUCAAGUGUGGAAAGCUGCUGCAGCUGCAUCUGACUGAAGCCCAACCAGAUCUGCUGGAGAUCGGGAACAAUCAGGAGGAAUCCAAGAAGCUCCUGGAGGAACAUGAUCAGCUCCUGAUCAAACUAAAGAAAAAUGAGGGACGUGUGCAGGCGCUGCUGGAGGAGGCGGAUAAGACGGCGGAGGGAAAGAAAGGAGAGGAGAAAGUGUAUGAAGACAUGGCUUUGUCUCUUAGUGAGGCCUGGAAAACUCUAGUUAAUCAUCUCGAGAAACGUCGGUCACUCCUGCAACUGGCUUCCCAUUUCUACGAUCACGCUCUAGAGUUUGCUAUAAAGAUUGAUGAAGCGGAUGAGCUGCGGUGUGGUGAGCAGCUGAAUGGUUCAGUCAGUUUAACUGAGCUUCAGCAGAAAUACAGCAUCAUAAAGAAAGGGCUGCUGAUGAAGUCCUUGCUGGCACUAAACAAAAGUUACGAGUUGCUGGAGUUCCUGAAGAGUUUUGAGGCUGAGGAGGCGCUGAGGUAUGGAAGUGGAACUCGCUGUGCUCGUGACAGUUGCAGGAAGGUGGAGGGACUGAUGGAGCUCCUGCAGGACAGACGCCGGGAGAUUGACCAGUUUGUGACCCGACAGAUCUGUAAUGUGGAGGUGGUUAACAGAAUCUCUGAAUGGGAGAGACAGGAGCAGAUGGUAACACAUUGGUUUAAAGAAAACGCUGAAUCAUUUUUGGAAAACAAUCAGCUAGGUUCAUCUCUGUCAGAAAGUGAAGACUUACUGCGGCAGCAUAAAGAGUUUGAGCUCAGAGCCAAGAACUGGGGACUUUUGGUUGAGCGGCUUCUCCAGCAGGCGUCAGAGCUUCAGGCCUUGAGUGAAAAGACUAAGCCUCAGAUCAUCGUGGAGAAAAGUCAGAACCUGCACACCAUGCAUGAACAGUUCAUGGACCUGAUGUUGUGUCGGCAGGGACAGCUGCAUGAGAGCAAUGCCUUCUUCAGCAGUGCUAAUAAAGCAUUUGAAGCCCUGGCAGCCAUUGAAAGCACUAUAAAGCUUUUGAAGACAAAGACUGUGCAUUUGCCUGAUCUGGCUAAGAAGCAUGAGGAGCUCCAUCACAGUAUUAAAGAUGCAGCUGCUGAUGCUCUUCAGCGUGGGCAGCUCAUACUGCAGAAGCUCAACCCACACAGUGUCCAAGUCGCAGGGGUGCAGAGGAUGCUGGGAUACAUUAGAGAGCGGGUUAAAGGGCUGAGCCAGCAGUGUCAAGCCUAUAAGGAUCUGACUGGGAAGAAACAGCAGCUGCUGAACUAUCUUGAUGACCUGGAGGAAAAGAUUUCUGACUGGAUUAAGAGCUGUAAUGGUGUUUUAUCCAGCAAUAAACAUCCUGGCACCUCUCUAUCUGAGGCUGAAGAGGUCCUCAACAAACAUCUAGAGCUGUCUACACAAACACAGCAUGUUGUGAAGGAGUCAGAAGCUGCUGAAGGACUAAUUAAAGAACUGAGAAACCUGGAGUCUUCAGAAGCAGUGGAGAUCUCCAACAGGUCCUCAGUACUGAGGGAGCAGAUGAAAGCUCUGCAGAGGAACAUCUCAGCACGCCUGGAGAGCAUCAGGGGCUAUGUUACCUUCCUGAACUCCGCUGAGGAGGUAGAAGAUCAGGUGAAGACACUGCUGGAUUGCUAUAAGAAAAAGCCAGAAACAGAAGAGGUGAAUGAGGACCCGGGUGCUGAGGUGAAGGAUUACAUGGAUGUAAACUGGCAGUCAUUCCUGCAGAAGUUCCUCUCCAUGCAGGACCAUGGGAACAACUUUAUUAACUCCUCAAACAUGGUAAGCAAUACUCUGAGUCUGAACGUGAAAGGAGCAGUAACAGUGGUGGAAACGAGCAUGGAGAACCUGAACAAGAUGAAAGCUGAACUCUCUGAUCUGUGGAUGUCAUGGCAGCUUCAUUACACUCAGAUAAAGUCUGUGAAGAAGCAGUGGAAAAAAUUCAAGGAUCAGCUUAAAAAGGUCGUACAGGAUUUAAAAUCUCUUGAGGGAGUUCUUGUUCCCGUGUCCAAAGUUGAUCUGGGAAAUGAUUUUCAAACUGUUUCUAAGCUGCAGGACAAUUUCAGUUCCAUCAAGCCACAGUUUAUGCAACUGAAUGCAGAGGUGGAGUUCCUGGUUAAGUCAUCAGAGUUGCUAGCACUGAAAGGAAUACCGACCAAGGAGAAAAACGAGAGAGUCAGUGAGCUCCUUCAGGUGCACCAACGAGUGAGGGAUAAAAUCCGAGAGUACGAAACACUGCUCAGCAUGGCCGUCAAAUUCCAUCAGAUUUAUCAAGAGCUGGACGGCCUGAUGAAAGCCGAGACAGUGAAAGGAUCCAGCAAUCCAACUCAGGCCAGAAUCCAGCUCAGCCAGCACCAGGAGAGACAGAACCACUUCCAACAUCUAUACAAACUGGCCGUCUCACUGGCAACAGACAUCACUGGUACCAUCCAACGAACGCCAAUGCUGGCAUUCUUAGUACAGGAGAAGAUGGAGCGUCUGCAGCAAGGUAGUGCCAGCUGGGCCACACAGGCCAGUCGAUGUGAGGAGCACCUAAUGAGUAACGUCCACUACUGUGUGUUUAAGGAGGAGAUCAGUGAGCUAAAAGAGUCGUUUAAAGACCUGAAGAAGAAAUUCAACAAUCUGAAAUUUAACUACAUGAAGAAAAAUGAGAAGCUGAGAAAUUUAAAGGCGGUCAAAAAUCAACUGCAACAAAUUGAGAUAUACGUAGAAAAGCUGCAGGUUCUAAAGAAGAAGUUACAGGCCUUUACUCUGAAGGUAUCCAGCAGUAGUGAGAAGCAUCUGUUAGGUAGUAAUCCCAGAGAGCUGGAGGAUGUUGUCAAUGAGCUGCAGAGACAGGUGGGAGAUUUUGACAGGGUGGUUGAGGACUACAAACAGAACUUGGACCUCAGCAUGAAGCUACAGCAAGCCGUAGAGGAGUAUGAGUUUUGGUGUGAUGAAGCCAGCGCCACCAUUGUGAGAGUGGGCAAAUAUUCAUCUGAGUGCAAAACGAAGGAAGCCAUCAGCUCUCUGUACAAACAGUUCGAGAAGUUUGUCUGGCCCACAAUUCCCCAGCAGGAGGAGAGGAUAAGCCAGAUCACAGAGCUAGCAGUGCGUCUGCAUGGUGCUGAGGAAGGGAAGAAGUACAUGGAAAAAACUGUAAGCAAGCACAGUGAAAUAGUGGAUUCAAUUAAGGAACUUUCCAGUGGACUUUUGGACCUUGAAGCCAAACUACAGGAGGAGUUACUGAAGCCACAGUCAGCUGAGGAAAACAAGCCCUACGACACCAUUGAAACACCAGAAGCAAAGGAGACGGGUCACACUCCAGAGAUAACAGGACCAGGUGGAACCAAGGAGGACACGGUCACCAAGAAAGCAGAAAGCAAGAAGCCUCCGAUGCGCAGCCAGGACCUACCAGAACAACAAAGAGUGCUUUCAGAAACAUACAGCUACACACAGGAGGCUUAUUCCAAGACCAGCACUGUGCAGACCAUCAGCAGCAAGUCCUCUGUAGAAACUAAAGAGAAUACACACACUUCCUAUUCUCAUACACACACCUUCAGCAUGUCCAACUCCCCAGUUGAGAAGGACAGGAGGACCUACACACUUCAGCAAACCAAGAGACCAUCUCAGGAGACUGAUGAGAAGAUGCAGGGGGGUGGAGGCUUGCACGCUGCUCCACAGACAUUACACACAGAGGUAAAGAGUGAACCUCAUCCCUUGGAAGAACUUUUCUCCCAUGGUGCACCAGACUCAGGUUUUCCCCCAGACACAGAUUUUCAUCCUGACCUCCUGAGUGAGGAGUCCCUCUCUAAUGACGAGUAUGAGUGCACCUCACCGGACGAUAUCUCGCUUCCUCCUUUAUCUGAAACCCCCGAGUCCAACAUGGUUCAGUCUGAAAACGACCUGGACGAUGGCUAUUGUGUGAGCUCUCACAGCCAUCACACCAGCCACUACACCCAGCAGUGCCAUUCCAGACACGGCGAGCCGCUUCAUUAUCGGGCUGAGGAGAGCUUUCCUUCCCCUACAACAGGCCUGGCUAGUCGAUUCAGAGCAGAAUCCUGCUCGUUCGUCCACAGUCCACUGACCGUCCCCACUCCCACCCUUGUCUCUAGCACCAUCUCCAGCAUCCUAAAGAGCAGCAAGCCAAGGGGUCUUUCAGAGUGCCAGCAAACCACUAAUUAUCUGCAUGAGAGUCAGGUCGAGAAGCAGGGGUGUGUGCAUGAACCCACCCCAGUCCGGCAUUCAUCCAUUGCUAAGACUGGUAACACGCAUGCUUCCAUUAAACCAUUAACCUCAGAGCAGGACCCGGACCUGUGCAAACCCACGACCAUUCGCGAGGAAAUAAAGCGCUCAAGCAGUGCCAUGGCCGGGCAGAACCUAUCGCAAGGGCACGGCCCUAACUUCUCCAAAUCCUUGUCUAAUACCAUGGUAAUGGAGGGGUCUCCGGUGACCCUGGAAGUGGAAGUCACUGGAUUCCCUGAGCCUGCCUUAACCUGGUUCAAGAACGGACAGGAAUUACACAGUGACAAGCGCAUGUCACUGACCCAAAAAGAAGGCAAGCAUGUGUUGUUCAUUAAGAGAGCAGUACAGACAGACUCGGGUCAGUAUCUGGUUCGUGCCUCAAACUUGGCCGGCGCCGUCUCCUCCAGCUCUGUGCUGCAGGUCAAAGGUAAUGGCUGCCCUGACUUUGACACUCUCAAACUGGACUGGCAAACCGUGUUCGGCACUCUGUGUGUUCUCCUGUGGCUCCUCUACCUGCUGGUCUUAUAAUUCAUACACAGACUCUCCUCACUGCCCCUGUUUUCAUUUAAUCACCUGCACAUGGUUCAAGUACAAAAUGACUGAAGAUUUGUUCUGCUGCAUGAAGGAUUUUCUGUCACCCUAAACAUCACAUGUUCACAAACACUAGUAAUUAAACUGACAUGUACGUGUGUUCAUAUAAAAAGUUAUAUUAAUAGUUAUACACUGAUCAGCCAUAACAUUAAAACCACCUCCUUGUUUCUACACUCACUGUACCAACAGUCCAUCUGUUUCUCUGCAUGCUUUUUUCAUCCUGCUCUUACCCUGUUCUUCAAUGGUCUGGACCCCCA